AUGAAUCCACAAGACAGCGGUUAUUUUAGUCCAAGUCCAUCAAGUCAAGAUUUCUGUUCUCAUAAAACAGUUAAAUCAUUAACUAAACCUCAAGAAUCUUAUGUUGCACUUAUUGCUCGUGCUAUACUAUCUUCGUCGAAUUAUCAAAUGUUACUUGUCGACAUAUACGAAUGGAUUUUAAAUGAAUAUCCCUAUUAUGGAACAUUACAAAGUAAAGCAUGGAGAAAUUCUAUCAGACAUAAUUUAUCACUAAAUGAAUGCUUUAUUCGACAACAAAAAUCUGAAAAUGGUCGUGGUUACUAUUGGGGUAUACAUCCAGCUGCACUCGAUGCAUUUAUUCGUGGGGAUUUUCGACGACGACAAGCUCGUCUUCGAGCUAAACGAGCUGAUACUUUAUCCAUUCAACCAAUACCAUGGAUGAUGAAUACAGAUAGCUCAUUGAAUUAUUCAAUACAACAGCAACAACCAACACAAACCUAUAACUAUUCAUAUUCAUAA